AUGUGUAAUCUGUGUCAAUGUUUCGCCAUUAUCGUGGACAUCUUUUGCUGCCGUAACAAUGAUCAGAAUGUUAUAGCUGAUGGCCUACGAAAUAAUCAAACACUUGUUAUCAUACGGCUCACCUAUAAUCAAAUUGCAAACGUGGGAAUUGAACAUUUGGCAAAUGGAUUGAGAAGCAAUGACACGCUCGACACGUUGGAUCUUUGA